UAAAAAGAAAAGCAUUCCCUUUUCAGCUCUCAGUGUCAACAACCUCCUAUCCUGAAGACACCCUCACCACAACUGAGAGAGUGGGGAAACAGUGAGACCUAGCAUCAUUUAAAACUCCACAGGCAGAAAAGCCAGAAGAGAAAAAUGAAGACAGGACAUUUUGAAAUGGUCACCGUGCUGUUGGCACCUAUGAUUCUAAUGGACAUCCUCCAGGUAAAAGCUGAAAUGUUAGAUAUGGCACAUAAUGCAUUUGAUGAUGAAUACCUGAGAUGUGCUAACCGGAUGGAAAUCAAAUAUGUUCCUCAACUGUUCAAGGAGGAAAAAGCAAGCCUCCAGCUCUUAGAAGAUGUGUGGGAAAAUGCAGAAGCCAGGUGGGAAGCUCGGAAGCCUCAGCUCUUUCUCCCUGUGAAUUUCAAGGAUAACUAUGGUAUAGCCUUGAUGGCCUAUAUUUCUGAAGCUCAAGAGCAGUCUUCCUUUUACCAUCUGUUCAAUGAAGCUAUGGAAAUGGCUGGCCAGUCUCGAAAAGAUUAUGUCUAUGGCUUCCAGUUCAAAGCUUUCCAUUUUUAUCUGACAAAAGCCCUGCAGUUGCUGAGAAGAUCUUGUGAGAACAGUUACAAAAACGUGGUGUACAGCGUAAGGCUGAAUACUUCAUUUACAUUUGGAGAGCUGAACCAAGCCCGACUUGGCCAUUUCACCUUGGCAUAUUCAUCCAAACCUCAAGCUGCUGAUGACCAACAUGUUCUGUUAACCAUCAAAACAUGUUUUGGAGUUGCCGUUGAAAAAUUUUUUGAUAAAGAAAGUGAAAGAAUUGUUUUAAUACCUCUGAAUGAGGUUUUUCAUGUGUCACAGGAUGAGGCUGGCAAAAACCUUAUCCUUCAGAGCACAAACAAGACCUGCAGCCACUAUGAGUGUGCAUUUCUAGGUGGACUAAAAACUGAAAGUUGUGUUGAGAACAUGGACUAUUUUCAACCUGUCUACAACCCUGGUGAGGAAAACCAGAAGCUGGAAAACCCUGAAGUGAAAAGCCAGGCAUCCACUGUCUUUCCUGGUAUGAAAAGCCAGGAAGCCACCCAGAUACCUGGAAUGAAAAUUCCAGAAUCUUUUUCACUACCUGGAAUAAAAAUGUUACAACCGGAUGAAAAACCUGAAGACAAAAGCCAAGAUAUCAACCAGCCUACUCCAGCUCCAGCAGUUCCAGUUCCAGGUCCCAAAAGCCAUCCUUCUGCAUCUUCUGGCAAAAUGCUCCUUCCCCAGUGUGGGACAUUCAUCAUUUUCAUCAGUAUAAAUCUCGGUCGCUCUGUAGUCUGAUACAUUCUUUACUUGUACUUUACAUUGUACUUGAAAUACAACUACAGGCAUCCCACAGAAAUCAUCAAAAGGAAUGAUGUAUUUUUCACUUGUUGGUCAACAUUCAGUUGAUAAAAUGUGAAUGUUAUUCACUUAGCAAUCUGGUAGUAAACCGAGAUAUCAUAAAAUUUGUUUUUCACUUAUUUCUAUAUUAAUUUUAUGAUUGUAAAAAAACUAUACUUUUAAUUCAAUAAAAGACCUUUAAUUU